CCAGAUAAAUAUUUUACCGCGAUACAAUCAUUACCUUGUCAAGCUCGCAACACAUCACCGCCGGAGAUGCCGCGCAGAAAGUGAUGGUGGCUCUGAUGAAUCUUGACCUUGUCCUGGAAACUAUUGAUUGUAGUAUUGGAAGACAUCAGGGAUCAUUAUUAUAAACUUUGAAUUCGGAUUUAGUAUGGAUUAUCAGUUGUUUGUAACCUCUUUACUUCGUGUUUUGAGGAACAUGAUACUUCGGAGAAAGUUCAUUGCCCUGGCUGCCAUUCUCAGUGCUGCUUGCUACUUGCAACUGUUUCUUCUCAUCGGACAGACCGACCUGAACAACGGCAGGGACAUCAUCAUCCCCGUCAGGUCACCAGACUUAGAAGAGCCGAGGAGGACCAUCUCCUCGAACGGAUCAAUGACGAAAGACACAAGGGAAUCAGGGUCUUUGAGCCAAGCUUUGACCCGAUCUUGGACCACAGGAAACAACCACGUGAAACAACCACGUUACAGGAAUUUCAGGACAAAUUUAGAGGUAAAAAAUGCCGUGGUUAAUAAUACCUUGGUGUCAAGGACUAAGCCAAUGAUACAACAGUUCAAUUAUGGAAGGGAAUCCACGAUAAACCACACCAUAGCAAACGACAAUGACCUUACGUAUCACAAAGGCUCCUGGAAGAACCCGGGUGUGAAAAAUCUUUCGGGUAUUCCAAUGACAACACGCUUACGAAAUCAAUCCGCGGUAAAGCAGGGCGCCGAUCCAGAGGCAAACUUCUUGGUAAAGCAGCCCCAAAACGGUACGGAAUCGAAACAAAAGCAACAAAUUGUUGACAAGAAGCUUCGAGAGCUUGACGCAGAAUCUGUACUCCUCAAAGCCGAGAUUGAUCACCGGAAGAUACAUGUUUCGACGACAAGAGCCCCAUCCCACCGCUGCCACCGAAAUGUACACCUGUGGGCUAACGCAGCCAACGAACUGGGAUACCGUAAAGGUAAACACCUGAUAGACUGCCCCAGAAGUGUCUGCGAUGUCCAGCUAACCCUCGACAUGGACGUCAACACCAUGCAGGAGAAUGAAGCACUUGUCCUGUUCCAUUGGUCGAGCUGGGACUGGGAAAAGCUGCAUAGCUUUCGGCCACCAGGACAGAAAUGGGUCUUCUACACCCUAGAGAGUCCUCGGCACACACGGUUUCAUGUCAUCCCGCCAGACAAGUACUAUAAUACUUCGUAUGAUUACAUAAUGACAUUCAGGUACGACUCGGACUUCCGUGCUGAUUACGGGCAAUAUAGGGCCGGGAUACCGGAGCUUGAGGUGGACGACAAUCAAAAUUGGGCGGAAAAUCGAACCAAGCUGGUUGCCUGGAUGGCAUCGAACUGCCGCGGCACAACGUGGCCAAGAAUGGACUUUGUUCAGAGGCUCUCAAGACACAUCCCAGUUGAUAUGUAUGGAAAGUGUGGCAAUCUCAGCUGUCCUCCCGGUACUCAAGAGUGCAAAGAAAGACUGAAGCAGUACAAGUUCUACCUCGCUCUCGAGAACAGUGAAUGCACGGACUAUAUCACCGAGAAGUUCUGGAUCCAGGCCCUGGUUCGGGGUCUGGUCCCAAUCGUGUAUGGUCCUCCACGGAGCGACUAUGAAAAGGUCGCACCUCCGAAUUCCUUCAUCCAUAUCCAGGACUUCGCGACGACGAAGGAACUGGCAGCGUAUUUGCAGAGAGUGGACGAAGACGACGCGCUGUAUAACGCGUAUUUCCAAUGGAAGAAGGUUGGGUCCUUGAAACCUUACGGGACUGAACCGAGUAUCUUCUGCCAGCUUGGGGAUCGCUUGACAGCCGACGAGAGGGCGCUGCAGGCUGGAACAUACGUACCUUCUCCGCAAAAAGACUGGAAAGUCUGGUGGGGCCAAUCAUGUAGAAGGCUGGGAGAUAUACCCGAGUAGCUGUUCUCCUAUUAUUCGAUUUUCAAUCAGCCUUAAUUACCGUGUGUGCAUCAAAUUAUUUUUAUUCAAAGUGGUGGAUUGAGUAUACUUUCUGGGAAAUAUUUAUUGUCUGCGAAGCAUUAAAUUGGAAACUGGGGGAGGUAGUAAGGAUGGUCGAGU